AUGGAGAUGCCGUAUCAGCCUAUGUAUCAGACGAUCGACAACAACCCAAACGUACAACCACUCUUUGUGGAGCCACAGCCUCCACCGCAGUUUUACGGAUUUCCUCCACCGACAGGAGGCUCCCUGGACUCAGGCUAUGCUGGCGAAGACAUCAACCCAUUCGAGGACAAUGUCGCAUGUUCGGAACUCAAGAUGGUCUACGGCCACCAUAUCAACCCCUCACUCCCGAACUUCGAUGCCUACGGUUACAUGGCCAACGAUCAACAAUCAAAUGGUCCCGGCCAACAGUUUAUGCCAGUCAACUACUCGGCACCCUUCGUUCAUGACUUCAAUUCUAUGAAGCAAGACGUCAAAAUCUCGCAGAGUCCAACAACACCAACACUGAUCAUGGAUGAUGCUGUUAGUGUCAAAAGCGAGGAUGUUUUCUCAGACGCUGCCUCACCGAUGACCAUGACCCAGUCAAUCAGCCAGCUGCCAGGGCAAGGCACCAGACGCCCUAGCACGAUCAGACGAACGGCAACAGAACCGUCGAUAGCAGUCCGGUCCGGCAGCAUACAGCGCACGGCGACCAAAGAAGGUCGCGGUCGAAACCGAAAGCGCAUUCCUCAUACGGCAGUGGAGCGUCGAUACCGGGAGAAUCUCAACUCACAACUGGAGAAAUUGCGACAUGCGGUGCCGCAUGUACAGGCAGCUCAGCGCCGCCGAGCGAGCGAUAUCAACGAUCCCAUGAAGCCAAGCAAGUGUGAGGUGCUUGUAGGCGCACUGGAAUACAUCAAGAAAUUGGAGACCGAGAACAAAGAACUCAAGAAGAGGCUAGGAGAAUGA